UGAUGCUUGUUUGAAUUAAGAAGUUAAUGGGAGAAAGAGGUGUGUUCUACUCCUCACAGUGGUAGAGGAAGCUUUUCUACACUGGAAGGUUCUAAUUAAUGUGACUCUCUCAUAAGCAUACAACAAAAACAGCAAUGAAGGACUGUUCUGCAAAUUCCAUAGAACAGGACCUCCCUGAUCCUGAAUCUGGAAACAAGGGGUGUGAUGGUCCUUCUUUCCAACAUGAAGAACAUAUAGAACAAAUUGACCAGUUAGAGCCCAAGAAGAAAAAGAAGGAAGAUGAGAAGCCAGAGAAACAAAUGGUUGGCAUUCUUGAAUUGUUUCGCUAUGCUGAUGGGGUGGAUGUCCUGUUGAUGAUAGUUGGUUUGGUCGCAGCGGCUGCAAAUGGUACUGGAAUGCCACUUAUGAUUAUUAUCUUUGGAGAGAUGACAAACAGCUUUGUGCUGAGUGGCAUGCAAUCCAAUGAUACUUCAGUAAACAGUUCCAGCUGCCCAUCAGACCCAAGCGUGGAUAUAGAAGGUGAAAUGACAAAGUUUGCUUACUACUACGUGGCAAUUGGCUUUGCUGUGAUUAUCCUGAGCAUCAUCCAAGUGUGGACGUUUUUGGUUACUGCGACGAGGCAAACCGCAAGGAUCCGGCAGAAGUUCUUUUUUGCAGUGCUCCAUCAGGAGAUGGCUUGGUUUGAUACUACCCAGAUAGGAACACUGAACACCAGACUGACAGAUGACAUCAACACCAUCCGCGAAGGCAUCGGAGACAAGAUCAGUAUAUUUCUGCAGUUUUUUUCCACGUUUGUGUCAGGGCUUAUUAUAGGAUUCAUCUAUGGGUGGAAGCUGGCACUGGUGGUUUUGUCAGUCUGCCCACUUCUUGCUGCAUCAGCAGCAUUUUGGUCAACUCUCAUGGCUUCCCUUACUGCUAAAGAGCUGUCUGCUUAUGCCAAAGCGGGAGCUGUGGCAGAAGAAAUUUUGACAGCAAUCAGGACUGUUGUGGCUUUCAAUGGACAGCAGAAGGCAUUAGAGAAAUAUGAUGCAAACCUAGAGAUGGCUAAACGUGUUGGAAUACAAAAAUCAAUUACCACUAACACAUGUCUAGGUCUUUCACAAUUUUUUAUCUUUGGAUCCUAUGCCCUUGCAUUUUGGUAUGGAACCAAGCUCACUGCUGAGGAUCCACAUUAUGAUCUCACCCGUGUGUUAAUUGUGUUCUUCUCAGUGCUUAUUGGAGCUUUCUCCCUGGGCCAGGCAGCUCCUAACCUGGAGUCUGUGGCCAAUGCACGUGGGGCUGCCUAUGAAGUGUAUAAGAUUAUCAAUAAAAAACGGCUCAUAGAUAGCAGUUCUAAGGAAGGUUACAAGCCAGACAAAAUCAUAGGAGAAAUUGAAUUCAGAAACAUCCACUUCAGUUACCCUUCUAGACCUGAUGCUAAAAUCCUCAAAGGUCUCAACUUGAAAGUUCAAACUGGGAAGACCAUUGCUUUAGUUGGUGCCAGUGGCUGUGGAAAAAGCACUACUGUUCAGUUGCUGCAGAGAUUCUAUGAUCCUGACCAGGGAGAAAUUACCUUAGAUGGUCGGGAUAUUCGGACCCUUAAUACAAAGUGGCUACGAGAAAAUAUUGGCAUUGUGAGCCAAGAGCCUGUUUUGUUUGCAACCACAAUAGCUGAGAACAUUCGCUAUGGCAGGGAAGACAUUUCUGAUGCUGAAAUUGAGAGAGCAGCCAAGGAGGCCAAUGCUUUUGACUUUAUAUCCAGACUGCCUGAUAAAUUUAACACCAUGGUGGGUGAAAGAGGGGCUCAGCUGAGUGGAGGACAGAAGCAACGAAUAGCUAUUGCCCGUGCCCUGGCAAGAAAUCCCAAGAUUCUUCUUCUGGAUGAAGCUACAUCUGCAUUAGACACCCAGAGUGAAUCCAUAGUGCAAGCAGCUCUUGAUAAGGCUCGGGCUGGACGUACCACCAUUGUGAUUGCUCACAGACUGUCUACCAUCAGGACUGCUGACACUAUUGCUGGAUUUGAGAAGGGUGUGGUGGUUGAGCAGGGGACACACAGCGAGCUGAUGCUGCAGAAAGGAGUCUACUAUUCCCUUGUAAUGCAGCAGGGUUGUAGCAAUGAUGCUCAGGAUGAUGGCACAUCAGAAGAUAGUGAAGGCACAGAAGCUGAGGAAUAUGAGGACAAAAAUCCUAUGGAAGAGCUGAUUCUUGAAGAUCAUUUUGAAACAUCUGUGAUACCAGGGAGAGGCAGCAUUCGAAGAAGAUCCAGCAGAUAUAAGAGCAAGAGGAGGUCAUCUAAAAAUCCCUUUGAAAAAAAGAAGAAAAAAAAGGAAGUGGAGGAAGAAAAUCUCCCUGCUGUGCCUUACUCAAAAAUCCUAGCUCUGAACAAACCUGAGUGGUUCUAUGUACUGCUGGGAAUGAUUGCUGCUGCUGUCAUAGGUGCAGUCAAUCCUACAUUUGCUGUUAUAUUUGGGAAAAUCAUUGGGGCUUUUCAAGAAAGAGAUCCAGAAAAAAGGAGUAAAAACACUAUGGUGCUUUCUUUAAUAUUUCUUAUACUUGGAGUGAUUAUUUUAGCAGCAUACAUAAUCCAAGGAAUCAUGUUUGGGAAGUCUGGGGAAGCCCUAACAAUGAGACUACGCUCUUUGUCCUUCAGAGCAUUACUUCAGCAGGAGAUUGGAUGGUAUGAUGACCAGAAAAAUGCUGUUGGUGUUCUGCUAACUCGUCUUGCUACAGAUGCUUCCCAAGUUAAAGGCGCAACUGGAAGCCGACUUGCACUGAUGACCAUGACUGUCGUUACCCUUGUGACUGCCAUCGUUGUUUCAUUUGUAUACAGCUGGCAGCUAACUUUGCUUGUCCUGGCCUGCAUUCCUUUUGUUGCUGGUGCAAAUGCUGUGAAUGCCAGCUCUAUGGCUGGUCAUGCUGCAGAAGACCAAAAAGCUUUGGAAGAGGCUGGAAGAAUUUCAACAGAAACAGUUGAAAACAUAAGAACUGUAGCUUCACUGACCAAGGAAGAAGCAUUUUAUGAAAGAUACGUUGCUAGUUUGAAUCAUACAUAUAGAAAAUCUCUGAAAAAAGCCCCUUUCUAUGGAUUUACCUAUGGAAUAGCUCAGUCUUCAGAAUACUUUAUUAAUGCAGCAGCCUUCAGAUUUGGAGCAUGGCUCAUUGCUAAUUGUCUGACCAACUUUGAAAAUGUAUUUAUAGUCUUCUCUGCUGUUGUGUUUGCAGCUAUGAAUGUUGGUCAGUCUUCUUCCAUGGCACCAGACUAUGGCAAAGCUCAAAUUUCAGCCCAAAAAAUCUUUCAGCUUUUGGACAGAAAACCUCUAAUUGACAGUUACAGUGAACAAGGUGAAAAAUUGAGCCAUUUUGAAGGCAACAUUGAAUUCAGAAACGUCCAUUUUGUAUAUCCAACAAGGCCUGAAGUUCAGGUUUUGCAAGGACUCAGUGUGAAGGUUAAAAAAGGACAGACUCUGGCAUUGGUAGGAAGCAGCGGCUGUGGCAAAAGCACAUCCAUUCAGCUCUUGGAGAGAUUUUAUGACCCUGUGGAAGGACAAGUGCUAGCAGAUGGAUUUGACACCAAAUCUCUGCAUUUACAAUGGCUGAGGUCCAGGCUGGGUCUGGUGUCACAGGAGCCCAUUUUGUUUGACUGCAGCAUUGCUGAAAAUAUCCAAUAUGGAGACAACAGUAGGGUGGUUAGUCAGGAGGAAAUUGAAGAAGCAGCUAAAGCAGCAAAUAUUCAUGCCUUCAUUGAAAAACUGCCAGAGAAAUAUAAUACCAGGGUGGGUGAGAAAGGAACGCAACUUUCUGGAGGUCAAAAACAAAGAAUAGCAAUUGCCCGUGCUCUGGUCCGUAAUCCUGCUGUUCUGCUUCUGGAUGAAGCCACCUCUGCUCUUGACACAGAAAGUGAAAAGAUUGUGCAGAAGGCUCUGGAUAACGCCCGGCGGGGUCGGACCUGCAUCGUCAUCGCUCACCGCCUGUCCACCGUGCAGACGGCCGACAUCAUCGCGGUGAUCCACAACGGCAGGGUGCUGGAGCAGGGCACCCACAGCCAGCUGCUGGCAAAGGAAGGACACUACUAUGCCCUUGUCAAUGCACAAGUCUCUAAUUAGUGCUGCUUGCCGAGUUGGGCUUUUUUAUUUUGUUUUGUUUCUUUUACGGGAAGACGUGAAAAGCUGUACAGAGGGUUACUGCUGGCUGUGCCUGUGCUGAAUGAACAGGAACUGUGUUGCUGCCUCCUUGCUGUAUCCAGUGUAGCCCUUGGCCCACACAUCCACGGGGAUGAGCAGUACACGCCCAGUGCUGGGGCACAGAAGGUUCUCAGGGGAGUCCUAGAGACCGGAUGAGUUGAGCAGUUUGGUGUGCCACAUGCUCUGGAGGGUGUCAGACCUGGUGUAGUCUCACCCACAGCUCAGGUGGGUAUCCUGCUCUCCCUGUCCCCCCAAACCCUGGCCCACAGCAGCUGCCAUAGGCCAAGGUGAUAACAGUAUGACAGCAGUUAAGCAUCACAGAUAAACAACAGCCUGGUGCUUGGGCUGCUCUUCGAGUUUCUUCACCAGCCAGAUGAAGUCAUAAUGUCUUCUUUAGUUAAAGAUGAUUAUCAAUUCUUAUUGAAAACUAAGAUUUAAAAAAAAUGUAUUAAAGAGAAGCAUGUUGAAGCACGGGCUUGUUUUUUUCCCUACUUUACGCCACAUUUCUCAUAUUGCUGUGCUUCACACAUUUCUUGUUUGCCUGGAAAGUCUGACCUGGAACAGAGACUAGACAGAGCAAAAGUAAUAAAAUAGGUAUUUAUUGAAAGGCUAUACCUUGGGCAGUGCAAGAGCCCGACCGGGGCUACACCCAAAUCAAAUCCAAGAUGAAUCCCAGUCAUGAGUCUCUACACUUUUGUAAGUUUUGGUUCAUCUACAUACUGGGGUCAAUUAUCCAACCACAGCCCCAGGUUAUGAAGUCUCAGCUGGCCUGCCCCCUUUCCCUCACUGUAGUUUAUGCUUUUUAGGUAAUGGGUGUCCUUGAUUCUCUAGCUAGAAAGGAAUUGUUUUGUCUAACUACCCU